AUGUCGGCAAAUCCAGAGGAGAGGUAUGAGGGUGACUCACCCUCAUGCCGUCCCUCCUCCUCCUCGGAGGAGGAGAUUAUUGGAGGAGGCGUGUGGGGGGUGGAUCUGGGUGUCGACGUGGAGGAGGCGCAUCGCGCGGCGUGCGCGGCGGGGAAUUCGACUUACAUCGACCCUGAAACAGGCUAUUCAGUCUUCACGGCGCCGGCUCUCCUGAAGCCCGGCCGCUGCUGCGGCAAUAAGUGCAGGGCCAACGUCUUUACCUCCCCCUUUCCCCCCUCCCUUUUCCCCCCUUUUUUGCCCCCGUUCCACCUGUCCCUCGCCCUCUGCUCUCCCUUUGGGCUGCAGGCACUGCCACUUAGGCACUGCCACUUAGGUCACUACGCUGCACUGCCACUUAGGCACUGCCCCUUUGGUCACUACGCUGUGAAGACCAAUGCCUUCAUGUCACGAACCAACUCCCUAGCUGAGCCCAUGCUGCUCGCUCCCACCAAGGGCCCUGCUCCCUCCUCGCCUGCACUCGCCCUGCUCUGGGACGGCAGCCUGCCCGCUCUCCUCGCUCUGCAGGCACUCACGGACCAAUCAAAAUCUGCCACGUCAGUCGGCUCGUCAACACAGAAUGUCGUGCUGACUACCCUCUUUGACCCGCACUCAGGGCAAAUCCUGUCCCCCACCAGCGUUCCUGACGUAGCCGCUGCAACCGGUGUAGCCACCACAACUGCUGUAGCCACUACAACUGAUGUAGCUGCUAAAGCCGAUGUACUGCCAGCAACCGCUUCUCGGGCAGCUGAGAAUCUUUGCUGCCUGCCCGUCUCGAUCCGGGCAGUGAUGGACCAAUCGCUGGCGCUGAAACGACCACUGCUCGCAGUCCCUGUAGAGGGAUGCGAGGCUCUCUGUAAUGGGGAUAGGAUUGAGGUGCAUUUGGUUGUUUCUUCUCUCGCUCUCCCCUUAUCAACCCCUGCCUUACCCACUGCUGCAGGGUGUUAUUGA